CUCUUUUCCCUAUUCACACACAACCAAUAAUUUUUUUCUCUGUUUCCUUGUCACUUCAUCGUCAUUAAUGGGACCGGAAGAACAAUAGAUCAUUGAAUGAAUCACGAGAUCAUUUUGUUUCCUUUUUACUAAUUGUUCUGUUGCCGCAUCUCUUUAUACAAAUCCUUUGAGGAUAUUCUUUUCUGCCAUUUGGUUUUCCUACAGACCGCCCUACAACACCACACAAAAUCCUCGUACCUACGCCUGGCGCGGUAAAAUUGAGAAAAACUUGGACUUCCCAUUAAAUUCUAUUCUACUUGAUUUUCUAAUACACUUUCUUUAACACUGCAUAAAUCACUUAGCCAAAACGUCUACACUCAUUUGAUAGAUACGACGAUACGUACUGAUGGCCAUAUUUCGGGAAAAGGAGGGUUUCCCUCAGGUGCCCUCCUCGCUAAGACACGAUGCCUACGAUGCGAAGGACGUCCGCAAGAUGAAUGUUCGUGAGCUGCUAUCUCAGAGCUCAGCCAAGGGUGCUACUCCCUACCUUGGACUCGGUUCGCGACUCUCUCAAAUCUGGUUUAACCGAUGGACUGUCCUCCUCCUUCUAGUAUUGGUCAAUUUCCUCCUCACUAUCGGUCAACUGAACAGCAACCUUGACGAUGCUAAGGUGAAGGCCCUGUCGGCUUGUACGAAAGUCGAGGACAUUGGUAGUGCCAUGGCCUCGAUGCCUCAUUACUUGUCCGUUGGAGUCAACCGCCUCACCGCAACCGGUAUCACCGACGCCGUCCAAGGCUUGAUGACAAUUCUCGACAUGAUCCUCACUGGUGUUGAGCAACUUAUCCUCUUCGUCAUUGGUAUGAUGACUGACACCUACGCUUGCUUGAUCACUAUGGUAGUUCAUGGAGGACUAAACGCCUCGGCGCUGGCUAUUACCAAGACCACCGACGCCAUGAACGAUGCUAUUGAUGGUAUUGCUCAGGCAAUCAACAGCACUGCCGACGAUCUUCAAAAGCCAAUCGAUACCAUGUACUCCAUCGUCAACGGUGCUCUGAACGCAGGUGAUGAUGCUACCAGUGCUGUCGGAGGAGCUGUCGCGUCCGCUACGGCUGCAGCUGGAGGGGCUGUCGAGAGUGCUAUCAGCGGCAUCGGAAGCGUCUUCAGCAAACGAGUUGAUCUGCCACCUAAACCAGAAGUCGCUGGCGACAUCACAGCGGUGGCUGCCAAGCUCUCAAACGUCAACAUCAACACCACCGGUUUUGUUUCAGACUUGAACACCCUUAACCAGGAACUCCCGGACUUCGACGACGUCAAGAACCUUACCGCCACUGCUGUCUCGCUUCCGUUCAACCUCAUUAAAGAACAACUUAACAAAGCUUACGGCAACUGGGCCUUCAAUGACAGCGUAUUCCCCGUCGCCCAGAAGGAAGGUCUAUCUUUCUGUUCCGACAACUCGGUUAUCAACGACUUUUUCACGACAUUGUACGAGAUCGCCCACACCGCCAAGAUCGUGGCAAUCGUGGUUCUGAUCCUCACCGCAAUUGCUGUCUGCGUUCCGAUGGCCUACAUGGAGAUACGCCGAUGGCGCCGCGCUCAAGUCUGUUCUUCGGACGCACACGAUGAUAUGGAUCUUGUCUACAUGACAUCACGCCCUACAACAGCCCGUUUUGGAUACUGGAUUGCAUCAAAGUUUAGCCCGAAGCGAAAGAUCCUUGUGCGUUGGUGUAUUGCAUAUGCCACAUCUCUUCCCGCCCUUUUCGUCCUCUCUCUCGCACUGGCCGGUUUCCUUUCUUGUUUCUUGCAGUGGAUCCUUCUGCAAGUGAUCGCGAAGGAGGUCCCAGCCCUUGCAAGCCAAGUUGGAGACUUUGCGGACGAGGUCGUCGGUACCUUGGGCAAUAUUUCGCAGAAGUGGGCAGACGAUGCGAACGGCGUUAUCAACUCGUUCAGCAGUGAAAUUAACGACGACAUCCUUGGAAAAGUUGUCAAUGGUACUACUGCAGUCAACAACACGCUUAACACCUUCAUGAGCGAGAUUGACAAGGGUCUAACCACUGUCUUUGGUGAUACAAUGUUCAAGGACCUCGCCCAGAACACUGUUCGCUGCCUUAUUGGAUUGAAGGUUGAAUCCGUCGAGAAGGGCCUGACCUGGGUGCACGACCAUGCUCACGUCAACUUCCCAACGUUCCCCAACGACGUUUUCUCUGUCGGCGCUGCCAAGUCCAUUGACGGCGACUCGAACCUCACGACAUUCCUCGCAUCGCCUAGCAGCGUCACGACCGACGAGGUCACCGGCGCCGUCACGCACGUCACAGACUGGCUACAUAACCAGAUCGUCCAAAACGCGCUGAUCUCGCUGGGCCUGCUCCUUGUGUACGUCAUCGUCGUUUUAAUCGGCGUGAUCCGCACCCUGAUCGGCCAUAGCGACGCCGCUGGGGACGCACGUAGGAUGCGUAUUGAGAACUUCGACAUGACUACUCAUGCCGUUGCUCAAACACCAGCCGCAACCGGAUCCACCCGAGACGUGAACCUGCCAGAGUUCGGAGGUCCUGGAGAUGCCAGCGCGCAUCCGGAUCGAUACCAGAGUUCACCGUUCGGAAGGGACGACGCGUUUAGCCGCGGCGCGGUACACACCGAGCCCGUCAUGGUGACUGAGGAGGCGCCCCCGUAUACCCGCAACAGCAGCUACGUCCAGUACGGCGAUGCCAAGCGGUAGGAGCGUGAGGCUGAGCCGAACAAGAAGGACAAGAAGAACAAGCCGGGUAUGCCUAGCUAUGUGAGUCCUUGGAAUUCCAGACGCGUCGGCACCGAGAAUCCGUUCAGAGACCCGAAGUAGUUGGGGUGUGAAGGCUUGGAUAUGCUGCUUUUAGCAACAUUGCCUCGUCUAUAAUCCGGUCGAGAUUAUUUUUAUUUGCUAUUUUCUUUGUCUAUCAUCAGCGAUUUGAUUUUUUCCCCUCCUUUUAUUACGACAUACAUGCAUACAUACGGACCAAUACCCAUACAUAAAUCAUACAAUCCUUCUCAUUCUCUUAAUCAGGUACGACGCAUCGAACUUCACUCCUUUCGAUGGUCAACCCCAUUCCUUAGGAUAUACCUGGGUACGGCACGGAUAUCAUUAGAUACCUAGAAGAAGGGUACAUAUGCAUUAUCAAGCGGCGUUUGCACGGAGUUGGCAUGGUAUAACAUCUCGGACUGCAUUUUAGGUAUUCAACAUCAUUAUUACAACACAUAAGAAAAGGGGGGAAACAAAGAGACAAGAGAGAUCAGGUAUCUCGGCUUACGCCAAACCGCAUUACCUACUCAUUAAUUUUCUUCGAUCUUUCUGGAAGUGUUUUUCGUCCCUGGCACCGUUAAUGGGAUGGGAGGUCGUCUAGGCAAGGAAAAGGAAAGGGGGUU